AUGGAAGCCCGUAUUGGAUCGGAUAACGGCACUGGGCCUUCCGCUCCAACGUACGGACUCCCACAUCUCAUCGACGAGAAGCAGGAGGACAAAUAUCCAUUGCUGCUUGUCUACCUGGCCAAGCAAACCCCAGCCGAACAAGCUUAUCUUGCUUCUCGCCUACAAGAGUUCUUCAGACGGGAAAAUAUAACACUGACAAGAUGGCAACCACCCUCCGGGCUGCUACGUCGAGUCGCCCUCCAUGGCUCCUGCCCAGACAGCCAAGCGAACAUCCACGCAAUGGCCGUCUUAGCAUAUCGGGCUGGGUGGACACGAUUUAUUGUAGCAGAUAGCCUCACCCAGCGCCAGGUGCAUGGGAAUCUUCGUAUGUGGGAGGAUCCACUGUUGUCACUGGUCAUGGUCGUUGUCAAGCCAGAGCCAGUUGUCUUAGCCCCAACGGGCGACUUUUGCGUCUUCGCUAAGCGGGCUGCUGUAGACGGGUUCAGCAAAGAUUUUCUUGAAAAGCUUUCCAACUUGCAACCACCGAAGAGGUCGCUCAUGCAUAACAUUGAACGCGAUCGAUAUGAUGAUCCUGGCCUCACUCUCUAUGACCCUGACCGGCCCCCAUUUACCGCCGACAGAGCGACUUCUCUCAGUCACGAAGAACGGUUCAGUAUUACCGCGGCCUUCUUGACAAAACACACACCAUUGCCACCGGAGCUGGCGGAGCAAGUCCUGGACUGGCUUUCUAUAGCCAACGAGAGUCCUAUGUGGUUGCCGCCGUGGAUAUACCACAAGGAAAAGCACCUGAACAUCUUUCUCCUCUUCCCAGCCACGCAACACGAGCUUCAUCAUAUCCAAACCCUCUUCCAGAACGUCAUUGAGGACUACCGGAAAAUCGAGCGCGCCGGUGUUCGGUCAUAUACCAUGACUUUCAUCCCUUGGGAAUAUCACAGAACCAGGUCUCGCCGUGACCUCGCAAACCUAUGGGAGGCGUAUCGGAUUAGAACAGGGGACAAACUAGCCCCAUUCAAUAUUUACUUUCUUCAACAGAUGCCCGUCGCUCAGAAUGUUAACGACCUUGAACUAGGGAUUGUCAAGUACGAACGAGGUGAUUUGCCAAACGUGGCACGAAUAACCCUGAAAAACAUAAUCCUUGACAGGGGACCCUGGAUUGAAAUGAUGAGACGACGAGGAUUAUCCGCAGAACAGUACAUGUACAGUCACAAGGUCGACCCGGAGCUACUGCGUCCAUUUGACCAACCAUUCUACCCCAAUCCACCGCGAUGGCUUCCAGCCAAGAAAGGACAAUACACUAUACCAGUGUUUUAUCUCACGAACGACCUUUCCCGAUCCGAAAAAUACGAGAUAGAAAAAGAAAUCCGCACGUUAGGCCAAGUGGAAGAGAGUCACUGGGGAUCUAAAGUCGCAUGUUACGUUCCCUGGGACGGUGAAGCGGAUGGCACACUCGACGACGUCUGGAAGAUCUUCUGGGAAGUCUUCACCUAUCACGGAGAACGCGACAACCAUUUCCCUAUCUUCUUCAUCGAUUCCCAAUCGGCCCGGGACGAUACCGUCCUUGUUGUGCAUCCGGACCAUUUGUGGUUUGACCAGUCCAACCAUAGAGCGCUGGCAAUGCUGCAGAAUGUGAGGUAUCCUAGUGUGCGUGGGCUUCAGUACGGUCGGGUGAGAGGUCGCGAGGCCCAUACUAUGCAUUCUAAUGUCAGCAUCGGCAACAUGUUCUUCGAGGAGUAUACGCGACCCCAGCGCUUUCCGAGACCGGAUUGGCCUUGUCAUGGGUUUACGGCAGCGCAGGUGUGA